UUAUCUACUUCCUGUCCGCAGGCUCUGUUGAUAUGAAUGAAGAAUUUCACAGUACAACAAGAAAGCAUAUGCUGGUUUUCACUUUUCAUACAUUAGGAUAUAAAAUAAGUGACUAGAGGCUAUGGCAAUUCUCUCCUUACACCUUCCAAUUGUACAAGGCUUUAAAGCUUUUAACAACCAUAUUGCUAAGUUCCAUUUUCAAAGUUGUUCACUUGACAGAUGGAGUUACUAUCUUUUCUCUCUCUCAACUCUAAUGUGGUAUGUGUUUAGAGUGUUUGAACUUUGUUGACAGGAAAACAUUUAGAAAGAACUUUAGUAAUCUUUAAUGAUAGAAGAAACAGAAAUCAACUUGAUCUUGGUGAUUUCACAUGUGUCCAAGUUCUGCUAUGCUUAAAUUACUUGAAUCUGAAGUAUCAAUAAGCCACUUCUUUGACCGGCUAAGGAAGUUAUGUUUCAGGAUAAAUUGAUUUUCCAAAUGAUAUCUGAAACUAUCACAACUUGCAAUGUUUAUUUAGGUCUGGAUGUUGUUCGAACGGAUGGUACUCUUGUAUUUUACGAGAAUGAAGCUAAUCAGGCAAAACUUUGGGAUACACUUGCUGUCUAUGCCUGGAUGGAUAAAGAUAUCGGCUAUGUUCAAGGAAUGAGUGAUAUUUGCUCUCCAAUGGUUAUUCUGCUUGAGAGUGAAGCAGAUGCAUUCUGGUGCUUUGAGCGUGCAAUGCGUCGAUUGCGAGAAAAUUUCAAGUGCACCACAAGUUCUAUGGGAGUGCAAACUCAGCUCAGUACACUCGCACAAAUUGUUAAAACUGUCGAUCCAAAGCUUCAUCACCACCUUGGUAAGGGGAUCCCGUUCUUUGUAAAUUCUCUUAAUCGCUAUUCUCGUAAGUGAAGUAGAGAACUCAAAAUCUUCAUGACAUUGUAGCUUUUCCUUUUCUAAUAUCUGAUUUUGUGUCUUGAAAGAUUUUUAUGAUUUUAGUAGUGUCUUCUCAUGGAUUUCAUGAUAUUUAAUUUCAUGAAUGAUAUGUUCAAGCUUUUUUUCAAGAUACUAUCUGGAGCCCAUUUUUCCUUUCAUCGUUUUGAAAACGAUGAAAGGAAAAAUGGGCUCCAGCAGUUAGUGUGUGUAUAUAUAUAUAUAUAGAGAGAGAGGUUUUUCCCUUCUAAAACCCGAGUGAUAACUGCUGGAAGAAAGGUAUAAGGGAAGCAAUUUCGGCCUUUUAACAAUUAUAGUUGGAUAGGACAUAGUUUUGGCAAUUAGAUAUCUGGCCUCAACGCACUUACGAAUAUGUGAUGGCCUUUAGACGAUACGAUUUCCAUAAUCACAAUAAUUAAUUGAAGAUUUUUUACUGUGGCCCAAACCGACAAAAAAGGUAUAGUACCAUCUAGAAAUAUAAGUAUCACCUUAUCAGAUAAUGUGAUUCUAUUGCUCCCAUUUCUUCUAGCUCAACUUAACCGCCUUACUUAUGGUAGUCAAUUUCAAAAUUGUGAAGUGAGCUUUAGAAAUCCACUUAGGAGAGGCACCCAAGGAUGUACAUAGUGAUCAAUGAGAGGCACCCAAGGCGUAUUGUGGCGGGUGUUGAAAAUCGCCCUAAUAAAAUUGAUUUAGGCAUAUAGAAAGAAAUCACCUAGUGUUUUAUUUCUGCUGGAAUUUGAACCAUUUGGCUGAACAAUCUGUGCGUAUUGGGUAAGCUCUGUUGAAGUUUGGCAAAAUGCCAAAGUCCCACAUUGGUUGGGAGUUAAGUUUGG